CUUGCUGCAUCCCAUUUCCCACCCCCAAUCUCCAUCUCCCUGCUUCGAUCACCACGCUCCACAUCCCUUCCUCUGCUCCUCCUCGAUUCCAAGCACCUCAAGCCAGCAUGAACAGCGCGGCCGAGACAGACGCCGGCGGCGAGAGCGGCAACAACCCAGCAGCCACGGUGGUCGUGGUCGAGCGCGUGGUGACGGUGGAGUACAUGGGGCAGUCCAUGUCGCGGAACCUCCUCGGCAAGUUCGCCGACUCCUCCGCCUUCGACUUCGACUACGCCCAGAGCGGCAUCUGGUCCCCGGUCAACAAGAUCCCCAGCGCGUCGCCGGCAUCCGGUGCUGGCUCCAGGGACUUCCUCAUCGCCAAGUGGAAGCGCCGGGCGAGGGCCGGAAGCAGGCUGAAGGCCAAGGACGCUGCCGCCGGCGCCGGAGGAAGCGGCAGGUCGAGGUGGCGGCGCCGGCGGCUGCGGCGGGACGGGUCCUUCCUCGACCUCCACGAGACGGGCAUGCCGAAGCUGGAUUUCUCGCCGACCAUGCCAUCGCCUUCCCCCGCCAAGGGAUGGAGGAAGGUGCUGAGGGCGGCCAUCAGGAAGUUCAAGGCGCGGCACCGCCGGUCCCGGCCGGCUCCCCUGGUCCACAUGAUGCUGCCAACGCUCUGAUCCGCCGAUCGAUCGAUCGCACCCCCACGACUUUGUUUGCUUGUUUACUUCUGUUGUACAAGAAGCACUGAAUCUGAGAUGUACGGGCCUCUGUAAGUGUAUGUGUAAUCUGUCACGCGAUGCUCUUGCUAAGAGCACUGAAUUUGGGGAAAAUUUGCAUCAUUUUUUCGAA